GCAUAAAUUUGGGAGGUGAAAAAUAAUGGCGAAGCAUCAUCCUGACUUGAUAAUGUGCAGGAAGCAACUUGGGAUUGCAAUUGGAAGACUUUGCGAGAAAUGUGAUGGAAAAUGUGUAAUUUGUGACUCCUACGUUAGGCCUUGCACCCUUGUAAGGGUAUGCGAUGAAUGCAACUACGGAUCUUUUCAGGGGCGUUGUGUCAUAUGUGGAGGAGUUGGGAUUUCAUAUGCCUAUUACUGCAAAAAUGCACCCAACAUGAGAAAUAUAGAGAUGAUUGUCAAAAAAAUUGUUAACUUGGGAAGUGCUAAAACUGAUCUGUUUUACGAACGCAAGAAGUAUGGUUUCAAGAAGCGAUGAUUUUAUUAAUUUCACAAUAUUAUUUUUUUUACUGUCUGAGAUUGGUUGGCUGAAUUUUUGUUAUAU